AAAAAAAAACAGUGAUAUCUUGGGAAAUUCCGAAGCAAGCAAAGUGUGAAACAAACAUCAGUUGGAAGUGAAGGACUAUGUUGACUGAACAAACGAGGAACAGAAGAGAAAUGUUUCAGCUUCGAUUCAGUGCAACUGUGUGAACACUGAACUCUGAAUCUGUAGAUUGAAGUGUUCCAAAUGAAAACAGAAUGGUGAGAUGUGCCGUGGAAGGAGGUUGCCCCAGUGACUAUGUAGCCAUUGCCCUAUCCAUCUUUUCUUUCAUUGUGCUUCUCUUGUGGUCAAUAUUUCCCUUCCUAGUUCACAAGGUUCCUCGAACCAAAGGCAGUGGCUUCUGGAUACCUGUAAUUCAAGUUGUUGCCAGCUUCAACCUACUUCUAUCAAUUGUGAUGUCAAAUAAUUACUUGAAAUUUGGAAAGAGAAAUUGGUUGCAGUCGUGCUACCUAUGGGGAGUCUGGGGUGAAGCUCCACUUGGGUUCGGUUUGUUGUUGAGCUGCCGCAUAACACAAGCUUCACAAUUAUAUUUUAUCUUUGUCAAGAGGCGUUUGCCACUGAUAAAAUCAUAUAUUUUUCUUCCACUUAUUCUACUUCCCUGGACUGCUAUUGCUGCUGUUAUCCAUUUGAUGAGGCCUCUAAGCAGUCGCUGUCACAUGAGAGCUCAAUGGACCAUCCCAGUUGUAUGUUUCCAUUCAUUGUACGUUGCGAUUUUGGUUGUGGUUACAGCUGCUGUUCAUCAUAUAGAGUUCAGGUUUGAUGAACUCAAAGACCUCUGGCGGGGAAUACUUGUAUCAGCCGUGUCCAUUGCUGUGUGGGUUACUGCUUACAUACUAAAUGAAAUUUAUGACAAUAUCUCAUGGCUUGAAGUUGCCUCCAGAUUUCUGCUUUUAGUUGUGGCAAGCAUACUUGUGGUGGCUUUCUUUUCAAUAUCAAGUUCACAACCACUUCUCUCACAAAUCAGCUUGAGGAGAAGAGAAUCUAGAGAAUUUCGCACAAUGAGCCAGGCUCUUGGAAUACCUGAUAGUGGGGUAUUAACACAAAGUGAGCCAAUUUCAAGGGUAGAUCCUAAUGAACCGUUGGAUAAGCUUCUAUUGAAUAAAAGAUUCCGGCAGUCUUUUAUGGCAUUUGCUGAUAGUUGCUUGGCUGGGGAAAGUGUGCACUUCUUUGACGAAGUAUAUGAGCUUAGUAAAAUACCUGAAGAUGACUGUGUGAGAAGGAUCUAUAUGGCACGACAUAUUAUUGAGAAAUACAUAGUAGCAGGUGCGGCUAUGGAGGUGAACAUCUCUCAUAGAAGCAGACAAGAAAUAUUGUUAACUUCCAACCUCGCACGUCCUGAUCUCUUCCACAGUGCACUUAAUGAGAUCAUUCAGUUGAUGAGAACAAAUCUGGCGCGAGAUUACUGGUCUUCAAUGUUCUUCCUGAAGUUCCAGGAAGAAUCCAAUGUAAGAUCAAAUGGGUACGAGCUGGAGCAAAUGACAGGGUGGAACUUUUCUCCAAGGUUGAGUUCUGUGCAUGGUACAGAUGAUCCCUUUCACCAAGACCAUCUUCUCAAGAGCUCAGGCUGUAGCCACGAUACUACUGACUUGUGACUCGUUAGCAUUGAUGCUCAGUUUUCUGGUUUGGUGAUGCCUUGCCACACCAACUUCACUUUUUCAAGAAAAAAAAAAUUACUAGUAAACAAUCACUUUGGUCCCUGAAUGUGGAAGGCGUUGACAUAUUAGCCUCUGAAUUAAAAAAAAAAUGUCAAAUAAGUCCCUGACAGUCACAUUAAUUCAAAACACAUAAAAAUGUGUGACCAAAGUGACAAUAUUGAUAGAUAUUCAAAGAUCAAAAUGACACUAAAUAGUUAAAUUUUAGAGAUUUAUUUGACACUUUCUUAGUCACAGGGACUAACAUAACAGUGUUCACCACUUUCAGGGAUCAAAUUGUUUACUCAAAAAAAUUACUGAUAUGUUUUUUCCUACAACAUAUAUGGUUAGUAUCGAUAGAAGAUAAACAAUGGAGGAGAGUUGGGAGGUGUAAGGAAGAAGUCAAGGUCUUUAUAUAUAUAUAUAUAUAUAUUUUCAGGCCAUGAGUAAUAUCUGUGCAGUUAGGUUGGGACCGUGCACGUCCUUGUCACGUGGGUUAAUUAUACUGGUUUCAUUUUAACCCUCUGGAUUUGGAUAUAGACUACUCUGCAGUUACUUUAACCAUUUGUUAGGUCUAGCAUUUUAAGUUUUAAAAUAGAUUAAAAUACUGUAUCAUUGAAUUAAAUGCAACUUACAACCACUUUGAUA